UAGGUACGCCAAUCAGUUCAUUAUCAAGAACCAUGAAAAUAUCAGGCCUCGUUGAAGAGUUCGCGCCUGGGUUCAAUCGGAUACUAAUGAAAUAAAAACUUUCCUUGGAUUGCUUUAUUACAAAGUGUUUGCCUGAAACCAUCAUACGAGAUGUACUUUUCGAAAAGGGAAAGCAUAGAAAUACCUUUUUUUCCAAGGUGAUGACUGAGAGGAAGUUUGCACUUAUAUGUAAGUUCCUACAUUUUUCUAAUAAAAACGAACUUGACGAAAACACUUCUCAGAAGAAGCUAUUCAAUAUUAAACCUGUACUAGAUCACCUUCAAAAAAGGUUUAUGGAGGUUUACAUUCCUGAACAAAUCAUUUCUAUUGACGAGUCACUAGUAGGUUGGAAAGUUUGCCUAACGUGGAAACAGUACAUCCCAUCGAAAAGAAAAAGUUCUAUUGAUACUGACUAUGAGUUAUCCACCUGCGUCGAUUUAUCUUCGGCAGAUGAAUCAGAAAGUGAAUACCCAGAAGAGGCUGCAGACCUUGGGUCAAAGAAGAAGAAGUUUGCACUUAUAUGUAAGUUUCUACAUUUUUCUAAUAAUAACGAACUUGACGAAAACACUUCUCAGAGGAAGCUAUUCAAUAUUAAACCUGUACAAAAAAGGUUUAUGGAGGUUUACAUUCCUAAACAAAUCAUUUCUAUUGACGAGUCACUAGUAGAUAAAGGUUAUUGUCUGUUUCUCGAUAACUACUAUACUAGCGUGGACUUGGCAGAAAGGUUAUCAAAGAGGCGCACAGAUUGUGUGGGCACAAUGAGGUUGAAUAGGCAAGGUAUACCAAAAGAGCUGAAGGAGAAAAAGUGGGAGCAUGGAGAAGCAUAUGCCUUAUUUAGGAAGAAAAUUAUUAGGUAUAAAGAUAAAAAAGAAAUGGUGAUGAUAAGUACUUUACAUGACAAUCAGUUUGUAGAGAAAACAAAAAAAAGGAAGGUAAUGAAAAGACCAGUAGCGGUAGAGCAUUAUAAUAAAAAAUGGGCGGAGCAGAUUUGA